UUCAUGACCCAAUCCAUCCACAGUUUCUCUCUCAUAAACACAAACACAAGUAGUAGGUGGAAAGCAAUGUCCCUUCCUCUUUUUCCUCCCUACAUCUCGCGGCGGAGGCACGGAGGAAUCAUGCGGCAGCUGAUCGGUGGUAUUAGAGACAAAGUGUCUCACAUCGGUAGUUGGAAGGGAAAUAAUAUAUAAGAUAGAUGGACCACUCCACUUGUCACCAAUUGGUUUUAGGUUGUGUGUGAAAUAACCUUGAAGGAUUUGAAUGGAUGAUGACUUUGCAGAUGGAUAAGAAUAUUCGAUAAGACUGUUGAGUUAGAAAUCAAGCGUCGGGAAGGCUGCUCACGCUCGGAAUCCUUCUGAUCCAAAUCUGUGGCAGCAGAUUCGUGAGAAUUUUAUGAAGCAAUCAUUCUUGAAGACCACACGUUUCCGAGGAGCACAACAUUGAGUUUACUCUGUGGCAGCUGCAUUACAAAAGGAUUGAAGACUUUCAGUGCUGUCCUGGCUCCUAGUAACCCGAGUGUGGCUCAAAAUUCAAAGGGUCCAUCUAGGCCUGACAGGGUCGCAAACCUCAAGCUGCAGUUCAGAACUUUCCUUUCAGAAGCAACAUGGGGUUUUACCAUGAAAACGAUCUUAAAAAUUAGAGCCAAGUAUGGGCUUCCCUUGGAUGGAAAGAAGAUAGCAGAAGUUCAGAAAGGCUUUGGUGUCUUGUCACCGUUGCUUUAUAUACCUUGGUGAUCUUGCUCGGUAUAAAGGAUUAUAUGGAGAGGGAGAUUCUAAGAACCGAGAGCAUGCUGCUGCGUCAAGUGGAAACCCACAUCAUCAGAAUCGUGCCCAAUUUGUUUACCGCUCCCAAAGACUCGUCUAGAAGGCCCACUGGUAAAAGAAGAGGUAAAGGCGGCGAUAAAGAUGAGGACGUGGUAGCUGUUCCUGAGAAGGAUAAAGUAACUAGCGCAGAUGAGAUGCUCAAAGCAUUCUGCGUUAAAUUUGUUCGUCUCAACGGGAUUCUUUUUACCCGAACAAGCCUCGAGACAUUCUCAGAUGUUCUUGGUUCCACUAGCAGCAGUCUACGAGAUCUGAUUUGGUCGAGCUUAACGGAAGAUAUGAUUUUUUGGUAAAGACACCAGUGACAGCGCACUUUUUAUUGUUAGGCUCGUAACGCUUCUUAUAUUCAGCGUCGAUAACUCGAAGAAAGACAAGGAAGGUCAGUCAUAUGCUAGAAACUCCUUAACAGCAAGUUUUGAGUUACUUGGACACGUAAUGGAGCAGUGUGCGCAUCAUCAUCUCAGGAGAGGUAUCUGAUGUCUCUAAGACGGUCAACGGGAAGCUGGCGACGGUGGUGGCCGAGGAUGGCCACAUCACCGGGGGUUAUUCGUCUUCUCCGGGAGUCUAUGUUGCCGGAAUAUACGGGCCGUUGGUGUUGAACGUUCUUCCAAAAGGGUCAGUUCCGGCGUCUGGGCCCAGCAAGAGAAUCAAUGCACGUCAAGACUUAAUACUAUAUUAGUCUCACCAUCCUCACGACUAAAAGUCAUGUAUGACAAAAGCCGUUUUCAAUUCUUAUAGAUAUUCUUUAUUUUUAAGAAAUGACUUUUUUUGCCGAGUUGUAAAUAUUAAAUUCUAUAGUUAAACCCAAAUUAUAUAGUCUA